UGACAGCGCAAGCGGAUCUCACCAUCACCUCUCGGCACACUUUUCUCACUCCUGGAUGUGAAAACAACAACAAAACAACAAACAAACUAAAAAACGGGAUUGUUUAUAGUGCGUGAAAUCUGCUCAGCGCCAUCUGGAUUAUAUUAAGGCUUUUUCGAUUCAGGCUGCUGUCAAGAAACUGUUAGGUGUUUCUCCCGAGAUGGAAUCAGUGCCACUGGGAACGUCUUAAAGGCAGACAGACGGGACAGCAUAUUUCCUACAGUGGCAGAAUCGGUGGCAGUGCCGGUGUCGCGCGCCGCGUUGUUUCCCAUGGACCUCCGGGUGGGAGAGCGGGGGAUGCGUCCCGGUUCGGACACGGCGCUCCUCACCCCGCUGCACCCGCCGUUACUCCUCACCCCGUUCUCCCCUCAGCCCUGCACCUCCUUCUCUCAACAACAGCUUCACCAGCACAUCCGGUUUAAUAUGGAGCAAAGACGGCGAGAGCAGGAGCAGCAAGAAAAACAACAGGAGCUGCAGCAGCUAAAACACAAGGACAAGAGUCAACAGAGUGCAGUGGCCAGUUCCCUGGUGAAACAGAAACUCCAGGAAGUGAUUCUGAAGAAGCAGAAACAGGCGGCGCUGGAGAGAACCAACUCCAACCCCCUGACUGUCACGCCUGUAGCAUACAGAGAGCUGGCUCCAGACCCCAGUGUUUCCUCCCAGCCUCUGGUCUCCUCCCCCACGCAGCCUGCCUCUGAGGGCUCAGACGAGACGCCGCUCCGCAGGGCAGCGUCAGAGCCCAACCUGAAGGUCAAACACAAGCUGAAGAAACACCUGAACACCCGCAAGAGCCCGCUCACCCGCAAGGAAAGCGCCCCGCCCGCCGUCAAACCCAGAGUACCCGACACACUAGACUCGUCCCCCAGCAGCAGCAGCACUCCAGUCUCUGGCUGUAGUUCACCCAAUGACAGUUUGCCCAAUGAGAAUGGGCUGCUGCCAUCUGCAGGAGGCCUGUCACAUGAGGCCCAGAGGCUGCUGCUCCAGGACGGCUCUCUAGCUAACUUCACCAUCUCAAGUCCCUCCACCCUGCCCACCAUCACACUGGGACUGCCAGCCAACACCAGGGCUGACAGGGAGCUGUCCUCUCUGAAGGUCGGCCGCGUGCCAGUGGUCACAGCAGGGGGCUCGCCCGUCUUCCUUCCCCUGGGCAGGGAGGAGCAGGCCGGCCAGCUGAACCCUCACCUCCAGCCUGUCAUUAUCCUGGAGCCCUCUGGACUGGUGCACACUCCACUGCUCGCUGUUCCAGGCCUCAGCCCAGUCCCGCUGCAGUUCGCCCCCCAGUUAGACCGCCUGGCUCCAGGGGGCGCUCAGUCCCACAAACCCCUGAGCAGAACGCGUUCGGAGCCCCUCCCUCAGAGUCCCCGGCCCCUGCACACACACCUCCUCCAACAGCAACACAACACGCAGCUGCUGGAGAGGCUCAAACAGCAGACUCACCUGGGCAAGCUGAUGUCUAAGUCCAGUGAGAAGCCCAGACUGCGUCAGAUCCCCUCUGAGGAAAUGGACUCAGAGGACGGGGGCGGGACAUCGCCUGCAGAACCCGCCUAUCAGAGCAGAGGGAGGGCGGAGUCGCUGAGGGAGGCGGAGCCAACAGCAGCUGACGGCCAGGGAGAGCAAAUCAACCUGCAGCAUGCACUCAUACUCAACCAGUCGCUGCUAUGGGAACAGCAGAAGCAGCUGCAGCAGCUGCGUCGACAGACCGCCCAGAUGGAGACGCUGGCAGUGCCCAUGAUGACCCACGUUGGCGGCGGGGCGGGCGUCCAUCGCCCACUGUCUCGCACGCAGUCGUCCCCGGCCUCCACCUCGCUCAGCCUGCCGGAGAAACCCCUGAGCCUGGCCGCACCGGACGCCUCCAGCAAACCUCGCUUCACCACUGGCCUGGUGUACGACUCUCAAAUGCUGAAGCAUCAGUGUACAUGUGGAGACAACAGCAGUCACCCAGAGCAUGCUGGGAGGAUACAGAGCAUCUGGUCCCGGCUACAGGAGAGAGGCUUGAGGGGGAAGUGUGAGAGUAUCCGUGGUCGGAAAGCCACCCUGGAGGAGCUGCAGUCGGUCCAUACGGAGCGUCAUGUCCUGCUCUACGGCACCAACCCGCUCAACAGACUCAAACUGGACAACCGCAAACUGGCCGGAAUCCUUUCUCAGAGGAUGUUUGUGAUGUUGCCGUGUGGAGGUGUAGGGGUCGACAACGACACCAUCUGGAAUGAGUCUCAUACCUCCACGGCGUCCCGCAUGGCGGCGGGCAGCGUCACCGAGCUGGCAUUCAGAGUGGCCAAAGGCGAACUGAGGAACGGCUUUGCUGUUGUCAGACCGCCAGGGCACCAUGCAGACCCCUCCAAUCCAAUGGGUUUUUGCUAUUUCAACUCAGUGGCCAUAGCAGCCAAGCAGCUCCAGCACAAACUCAGUGCCAGUAAGAUCCUCAUCGUUGACUGGGACGUUCACCAUGGCAACGGCACCCAAGAAGUGUUCUACAGCGACCCCAGCGUUCUCUACAUCUCACUCCAUCGCUAUGACGAUGGAAACUUCUUCCCCGGCAGCGGGUCGCCAGCCGAGGUUGGUUCUGGAGCCGGAGAGGGUUUCAAUGUGAAUGUGGCAUGGACCGGAGGUCUUGACCCACCCAUGGGUGAUCCUGAGUACCUGGCUGCAUUCAGGACGGUGGUGAUGCCCAUCGCCCAGGAGUUCUCCCCGGACGUCGUGCUGGUGUCUGCUGGGUUCGACGCUGCCGACGGCCACCCGGCUCCUCUGGGAGGGUACAAGGUUUCUGCCAAAUGUUUUGGCUUCCUGACCCGCCAGCUGAUGUCUCUAGCAGGGGGUCGGUUGGUUUUGGCCCUGGAGGGGGGUCAUGACCUCACAGCCAUCUGCGACGCCUCCGAGGCCUGUGUCAGCACGCUGCUAGGCAUACAGGAGCCUUUACCAGAAGAAGUCCUACUCCAGAAGCCCAACGCUAACGGAGUGCGCUCCCUACAGACUGUCAUACAGAUACAGAGUCAGUACUGGCAGAGUGUGAAGGCGUACAGUGGAUCAGUGGGUCUGUCCUACCUGGCUGCUCAGAGCAGAGACUGUGAGGAAACAGAUGCUGUCAACGCCUUUGCCUCGCUCUCUGUGGGAGUCCUCCCCAACAAGAGCCUUCCUGACGAGCCAAUGGAGCACGAUGACGACGACGACUCCAUGUAGAAAAACCCGACCAAUCACCUCAAAGAACCCGCCUUCAGGAAGUUGGCCCCACCAAAUAGCCUUGGAGCUCCUUUGCUGUCACAUGACCAUGAAGGGGACAUAGCAAUGUCGUGAUGCCACUGAGCCCCACCCAUCUGCCUUAUUACACACACAAACACACACACAUACAUGCACACAUUUAAAUGCACACUAUGCGAAACCUCCAUAGACUUGUCACAGGAGCACCUCAAUGCUGUUAACCAUUCAACUCGACCCAAUGGCACUACAUGCAGUUGGGAAACCUCACCAAAGAGCAACACAAUGUCUCUUUAAUGGAUUGUCCGUAUCUUCAGAUUGACUUUGGAUUGUGUGUGUUCAGAAGUCCAGCAUUUCAACUCUGUGACUACUUUUACCUGAUGAGAACCGACCGAAUUCAGACGCUGAUACUGACUCCAGCUGUGCUCCUGAAAACCUGGUUUUACUCUCACAGGAACAGAAAGAAAAAAAAAAACACCCAGCUGGGAGUCUGAUUCCAUUUCUUAUGGUGGAAACACCUGUUUUUUGAAUCACGGGAACAGAUCAAAGUCACAUUCAGAUUCCAAUUCUGAUUGUGGCGACAGUCUUACACAGUGUCUUGAAGCACGAUGUACCAGCAGCUGUGUUUGUUUUUUUUUGCCUUAACUUUGCCUUAACCCAAGGUAGGACCAACAUUCAGAAGGAAGAGACUUGGACUAUGGUUUGCUUUCACUUGUGCCACUUUGCUUUCCAAAUUGAGUUGAACCAAAUGCUGUCACAGCAGGACACAAACCGACUGCAGUCAAAACCCGUGGCAUCAGGUGACGGCGUGCAGCCUAGCAAUACACAGGGUGGACCGAGUGCAAAAAUAUGAAAUGGCUGUACCACAACAAGUGGCCACAAAAGACAGAAAAAGCAAGACAGAGAGAGACUGUCUGUUUUAAUGAUGUCAUUACAUGCAGUUUAACCACUAAAAGAAGACAACAAAGAAGACAACUAGAGGGGGAAAAAAGAGAACAUGAAGACACAAAAUGGACAACUGUGGUUUGAAGUAACAUGGAAAGAGCAAAUGUCCUUGUUGUUUUAUUGCACUGUGCAUUCCAUAAUGUGAACCGUAAGAAAUUCCAAAGCUCUGGGAAAAGAAAAGAAAAAAAAAAAAAAACAAUUCUCUCUAGGUUAUUUAAUUGUCUCUUUGAAGUUUUGGAUGAAAUUUUGUCUUGUUUUUUUUUCAAGCUCCACUUGUAUUCUAAGAUGUCUUACUAAGGCUUUAACUCGAUUUGAGGACAAGUAUUGACCGAAAUACUGUAUGAGUUGUAUUUCCUAUGAAGUUAAUCUGAAAAGUAGGCCAGAUUUUGAAAGCAGGAUAUCUUUGCACUGCUGUUCAAAGAAGUGUCUUAGAUGUGCACACACACACAUACACAAAAAACCUUGACUGCACAUACAAACCAAUGAUGAACCAUAGAUGUACCACUGGUAUUGAAUACUGUAUAUUAUUGUUCAUAUAUGAGACUAAAUGAGCGUUCAUUCCUACCACAGCACCAUUGAGGACCAUUGUAUUGUUCUAUGGUAGCAAUAACCUUAAUGCACUUAACAGACGUCACCCAAAGAAAGCUGCCUCGAGUAUGCCUGUACUUGGCGGUGGGACUGUACAAAACAAACUUCAGAGGGACCAAUAUGAACACUGCUUUUAUAAUAACUUUUUUUAAUGACCCAGUGUUUGAACCUGUGGAUUCAAGUGAACGUCAUGUAUGCAGACUUUUGUAUAACUAUUCAUUCUGAUGAUCACGUCUUGAAUGUCCACAUAAAGUACAUGCUGUGCAAGUAGAAAAGGUUGGAGAGGACUGGUUAAGUUUUCUUGACUUUUUUUUUUUUUCCAUUAUCAAAAAAUACAGUAGUUAGUCUUUGACUUCCAGGCCUCAUCCAGGUCUUGUUGAGUUUUUAAUCCAUAUGAGACCUCACUGUGCUUACCACAGUUUGGUGGAACAUCAGUUUAUUGUUGUAAUUUGUUGGAACAGGUCAAUCCCAACCAGCACUUCAUCUCACUUGACCAUCAAUCAGAGAUGCAGCAGAUGCUAUGCCAAACAUGCUAACAGGUCUUAAAAGUGUCUUAUACCCUCUCUGUACUGCACCAGCCACUCUUGUUAGCUGAUGUUUGUAGCAGAAAUCAUAUCGAUCCAGGCCAAAUUCAUUUGUAGUUCAACAGGCAAAAUGCCUUAUUGGCUGUAAAGCGUGUAUUUAUAUGAUUACAUUGAAGUUCUUUGUAAGUUAAUAAGUGCCCUUUUGUUUGGGGUAAUA